ACCGAAAGGAUUAUUUGGCAAAAAGAACGUGUAGAGAUGAAAAUCGAGCUGUUUUGACAGAUCACUAAUACAUAUGUGAAAUCAUGUAAUUAUUUGACGUAAGUUGUGUGUACGUCUGUUUAAGAAAAAAAUCCUUUACUGAAUAAGAAUUACAAGAGUAGGAAUCAUCGUUCGAAGCUUGUUUAGAAUAAAACGAAUUUUAGCUUUUCAUCUGAAGAGAUAAGGAAAUACACAAAAUCACGAUUCUACUUUUAUCUGGAAUUGCUUGUUACGACCAGCAUUAUUAAUCAUUCUGAGCUAUAAAACUGCAACUUUAACACCAACAUGUCGUUUGACGAGACAUCGGCUGAUCGCAACGUGGAGAUUUGGAAAAUUAAAAAGCUUAUCAAGAGCUUGGAAAUGGCAAGAGGUAAUGGAACUAGCAUGAUUUCGUUAAUCAUACCCCCGAAAGAUCAAAUCAGUAGAGUGAGUAAGAUGUUAGCUGAUGAAUUCGGAACCGCAUCCAACAUAAAAUCUCGUGUGAACCGUCUAUCUGUGCUGGGCGCUAUUACGUCUGUUCAACACAGACUUAAACUUUACACCAAAGUGCCUCCUAAUGGAUUAGUGAUUUAUUGUGGAACGAUCGUUACUGAAGAGGGCAAGGAAAAGAAAGUCAACAUUGACUUCGAACCGUUCAAACCAAUCAAUACCUCUCUUUAUCUAUGUGACAACAAAUUUCAUACUGAAGCACUAACAGCUUUGCUUGCCGAUGACAAUAAAUUUGGGUUUAUUGUGAUGGAUGGUAACGGUGCUCUUUUCGGAACACUGCAGGGCAACACCCGAGAGGUUCUUCACAAGUUUACCGUUGAUUUACCGAAAAAGCAUGGUCGUGGUGGACAAUCUGCAUUGCGUUUUGCACGAUUGCGUAUGGAGAAGCGCCAUAAUUACGUACGGAAAGUAGCCGAGGUUGCGACGCAAUUGUUUAUAACGAACGACAAGCCAAACAUCGCUGGGUUAAUUUUGGCGGGUAGCGCCGACUUCAAAACCGAGCUCAGCCAGUCUGAUAUGUUUGACCCGAGAUUGCAAUCAAAAGUUAUUAAACUUGUCGAUGUAUCGUACGGAGGAGAAAAUGGAUUUAAUCAAGCAAUUGAGCUGGCAGCAGAAUCGUUACAAAACGUGAAAUUCAUUCAGGAAAAAAAAUUAAUUGGACGAUACUUUGAUGAAAUAUCGCAAGAUACUGGAAAAUACUGCUUUGGUGUAGAAGAUACUCUGAAGGCACUGGAGCUCGGAUCCGUGGAAACGCUGAUUUGCUGGGAAAAUCUGGAUAUUCAGCGUUAUGUGCUAAAGAAUCAUGCCAGCGCCACUUCCACGACAGUAUUACAUUUAACACCCGAGCAAGAAAAGGAUAAAUCUCAUUUUACUGACAAAGAGAGUGGGGUGGAAAUGGAAUUGGUCGAAUCGCAACCUCUUCUUGAAUGGCUAGCUAACAAUUAUAAAUGUUUUGGUGCAACAUUGGAAAUCAUUACUGAUAAAUCCCAAGAGGGUAGUCAAUUUGUACGCGGCUUCGGCGGUAUAGGAGGUAUUCUGCGUUAUAAAGUAGACUUUCAAAGCAUGCAGCUGGAUGAAUUGGAUAAUGAUUGUUUCGAUCUGGAAGAUUACUAAAUCAUCAAUAAGCCGUUUUAAAUAUCGCACGAUUGAGUAUGCAUAAAAAGGGGUAAUCAGCGAUGUGAACCAUUUACUAUCAGUCUUAAACAUUAAAUAUAUAUACGCAAAGUAUACAAUUGAAUCCUGUUCUAAAUCAAAACGAUUAAACUAUACACAAAACAUCCGUUUCCAGGACAGCAAAAUGACAAAACUGUAAUAAAACUGAUAACAUAUUC